AUGAACGGACACCAUCUCGGUAUCCCAAAGAGUCCCAAUGGAUCAGCACUGGAUCUCAGGAGAGGUGCCUUCCGUCGGACGUACUCUUCCAACUCGAUAAAGAAAAAGACCGUCGAGGUCACCCCGAGCAGCUUUGUUAAGCUUCGUCUACUGGGCAAGGGCGACGUCGGCAAAGUAUAUCUCGUGCGUCAAAAGGACACGGACAGACUCUAUGCCAUGAAAGUUCUAUCCAAGAAGGAAAUGAUCAAGAGGAACAAGAUUAAGCGAGCGUUCGCGGAGCAGGAGAUCCUGGCCACGUCCAACCAUCCUUUCAUUGUCACAUUAUACCACUCUUUUCAGUCAGAGGACUACCUCUAUCUCUGCAUGGAAUACUGCAUGGGGGGCGAGUUCUUUCGAGCGCUGCAAACAAGGCCUGGGAAAUAUCUGCAGGAAGAAGAUGCCAAGUUCUAUGCGGCGGAGGUCAUUGCAGCAUUGGAAUAUCUUCAUCUGAUGGGGUUUAUCUACCGCGAUCUCAAACCCGAGAAUAUUCUGCUGCAUCAGACUGGACAUAUCAUGCUGACUGAUUUCGAUCUGUCGAAGCAAUCUUCGCCAGCGGGAGAACCUACGGUCGUGAAGACAGGGUCACCAUCCAUACCUCCAGCUAUCGAUACGAAGUCCUGCAUCGCCAACUUGAGGACCAAUAGCUUCGUUGGAACUGAGGAGUACAUUGCUCCAGAAGUCAUCAAAGGAUGUGGACACACCUCUGCUGUGGAUUGGUGGACGCUAGGCAUUCUGAUGUACGAGAUGUUGUUUGGAGUGACCCCCUUCAAGGGCAAGGACAGGAAUACGACCUUCCAGUCGAUCUUGCACACGGACGUGCAAUUCCCGGACCACCCAGGCGCACAACCGAUCUCGUCACUGUGCAAGUCUGUGAUCCGCAAAUUGUUGAUCAAGGAUGACCAGCUCCGGCUAGGGUCGAAGGCGGGUGCGAGUGAUGUGAAAUCACAUCCGUUCUUCAAGACGACGAACUGGGCACUGUUGAGACAUUUGCCGCCGCCUAUCAUACCCCAGCCUUCGUUUGGCGCCGAUGCGAUCAAUUUCCGGCAGAUGCAGGAGUCUGUCAGUUUAGAUAUCGAGGGCGAGGAGCUGGUUCUUCAACAGCCCGGGACCAAGAACUUGUUUGCUAACUUUAGUUCUGUCACUUUGCAUCAUGACGGCGAUGAUGAUAUGUAA